AUGUCUUCCAACAAGCCAUCCAAACAUAUUCACGUUGAGACGCCGCAUAACACAUACGAUUUACACGGAUACACGUGUGAAUUAUCGGCAACAUCAUUUGUUCCGCCUCGUCGCAUACAUCCCAUCGAAAGAAGUUAUUUCAAUUCAACGAAAGAAACAAAACCAUCAUCUAUUUAUGAUCAAAUCUUUCAUAUACAGUAUGAUUUCAAUCCUAAAGCACAUCGUGAUGAUCGGCAACAUUCGAAAUUCAUAGGAUUAGACCAAGCAAAAGAAGAAGACGAUAAAACAUAUCCAACUCGAUCAUCGUCCAUAUAUGGCCGCCGUCAUAAACAGCCGGUGGAUGUUAUCGAUCGAUCACAUGUUCGAAUUGGACACGUCAAAAACGAAUUUUAUCGAAAUAAUGGAGGUAUCGAUCAAAAGCCUAUUCAAUUGUAA